UUUAUUUUAAAAAUUUGUUUUUGCAACGAACGGUUCUCCUUUCGUCACUCGAGCCAUGAUAGGAGCCCGAGCCAGUAGCAAGCCCAUGGCUAUAGCCAGUGGCGGUGCCAGGAUCCCGGCUCUGUGGACAUGGGCCCGCGCCAAGGCGGGCCGCUCCGGUAACAUCAUGCACCUGAGAGCGCUGCUUCUGAUAGCGCUCUUGCUGCCAGGCUGUGCCCUGUCGUUCCCCGAUGGCCAGGUGGACCAAGGCAAGCAGCAAGGACUGCUUGAUGCGUUGCAGAAGCUCCGGCCGCUCAGCCUUGCAAACGGACAGCAUCAAACUGAUGGCCAGAUGGACCAAGCCCAGCAACAAGGACUACUUGAAGCGUUGCAGAAGCUCCGGCUGAUCAACCUUGCAAACGAUCGGCAUCAGAGCCAAAGGGACAUCCAUGAGCAAGCUGAACGGCAGCAGUCUCAACAGGUUUUUGGGGACAUCGCAAACGCGAGUCAGAACGCUAGGGUCUUUCCGGACUUGGACUCACUGUUAAGGAACAGGCUCAAGCGCGAUCAGUCUCUCAUGGUCCAGAUAAAUGUCUUCAAUAACGCCGGGAAAGGUUGCUGGCACAGGAGGAAGGCAUCGCCACCCACAAUUUCAUCGAAACCGGAAGUGAACGCCACGGAAACAAUUUCUGCCAUCCCAUAUAAACCUCCAGUACCUGCAUCGUCAGCAUCAGCAAAGGCUCCCGCUCCGGAACUAGGCACUGCAUCCGCACUAGCGAAUGCUGGUAUGGCAACUGAUAAUGGGCCUUUCAUUAAGUCAAAGCCACCUUUCGAGGGAUAUUCAUUAGAGCCGGUUUCUCCGACUGAAGUGGUUGGCACCAACGUAACUGAGAACACUGUCGUGGAAACCGCCCCCGGCAGCGCACUCGGAAUGGAAUCAGUUCCUUUACAGGCUCAGGGCGAGAAGGACGUCAUCCACAACUAUGCUGCGACACCCUUGGAGUACGCACCCCCCUCGCAGUAUUCACAGGAAGGUAACGUCACUUUGAACGACCUGUUGUUCACCGCUACGGACGCUACGCGCUCCCGUCCGACACCAGUGGACGCCGUGGGGAAACCGGCAAGUUAUGUACCUUUCUUUCCGAAGCAGAGUUUUGAUGACUAUCGUUCCAAUGGAGGUUCUAAGCAACCACUUUUUCCCUUGAGCAUGCGCUUCGGCCCGCCAGCUCCGGUGCUGAAAUUUACGGUGCCGCUGCUGAUACCACUUGAAGAACGCGCACAUGACAGUAGUCAACUUAAGGCAGAUGUAGACAUGCUCUUCCAGAAGCAGUUGCAGAGCAUUGAUCUGAAAGAUCCAUCUACUUGUUUACAGUCACUCAGCUUAGGCCUCAAGUGCGACGACAGUAAACAGGUAUACAGGGCUAAAGCCUCUGGAACACCUGAAUCGUCAUUAAAUAUUCCCAACGGAAACGUUGCCGCAGCCGUGCGACCCAGGAACAUUGGUCGAAAAAGCAGUGGGCCCGUCGAACAGUGCAUUUGCAGCGAUGCUGACCUUGGGGACAAAGACGGCUUCAAGCUUGGUGGCACACAGGAGUUGCUACUCAAGCCCCGAGCGGAAACCCUCGAGCGUCUGCGGCCCCAGCUUCAGCAAAAGCCACCGCUUAAGAUAUUCGGAAGCCUCCGCUACCCACCUCCCAACGAUGUCGUUUACGAAUAUGCCACAACCUACGUGUACGAGGACUACUUCCCCACGGCGUACUACGAAAGCCAGCCGCAGCCGCAGGAAACACCUCCGCCGCAGAAACCGGUGCUAGCGCCGUCGUAUCAGCAGCCACAGCCAGUGCCUCAGCUGAAGUUAGCUUCGUUGGUGCGCCCAGAAGCCGUCAGGCACGAGUCAGGCGCAGCGACGAACCACCCUCUAGGAUCCCUGUCUGUCGAGCGCAAGGUGCGGCGUCUCAAGGCAAGAACUGGAACGCGAAUCACUUCGAGCCCUCUGAAGCGGUUUGCACGGGACCUGCAGGCCGUACAGGAGCCGGUGUCGUGGUGCCCGUGCAGCAGCACUCGAAAGCCACCCUGCACCAAGACGCCGAAGAAGUGCGUCAAGAAGCGUCCGUGCACCAAGAAAGCGAAAAAGUGCAAAAAACCUUGUCGAAAGAAGGUGCAAGAACCCAGCAUGUCGCCCUUUCCUGUGCCGUAUUGAUCGCUAUUUCCUAAUCUACAUUAAGAUACCACCGUGAAACAAGUUUACGGGUCGAAGGACGGCUAAAAUAGCAGUGUUAGUAACGCCCAAUGCACCGCCUCCAUGCAUAUGCAAAUCGCAAUUGUAUAGCUUCAUUUGUUUGAUUAUAGGAGAAAUGACACA